AUGAUCGUUCUCAACUCUAUGCACCGGUAUCAGCCACGGAUUCACCUGGUGAAGGUCAGAGACGGUGGCGGACCCAUCACUGACCUAACGAGAGAGCAACACCGCACCUUCGUGUUCCCCGAGACUGUAUUCACCGCGGUCACAGCAUAUCAGAACCAGCUGAUAACCAAACUCAAGAUCGAUUCUAAUCCUUUCGCCAAAGGAUUUAGAGACUCUUCUAGGUUAACAGAUUUUGAUAGAUUGCAAUAUUAUGAAUUCAAGCACAAUAUCGAUAAGCCUGAGCCGCGGCGUGGAGAUAUCGAUAAGUUGCUCGACCCUAGCGGCGGCCUCUUACGUUGCCGCCCUGUAAUUUGCCGGCGAGUGUUGGCUAUUACCGGGAUCAUAAUAAAUACGCCAUUAACGCCCCCACAGCCCCCGAAACGACAUAACCACCCAGGCAACAGAUUGUACUUGCAAGUAGCCAGAUACUUACCAGAAGAUGCGAAAAUAGCGAAUUCGCGAGAAGAGCGCGGUGGCGGUCGCGUCGACCUCCGGGAACCGAUAAAGGGCAUCGCACCGCGCAAUAAAGGACCGAGACGCCUCGUUAACUGCGUUGCACUCGUAAACCACUUCGCCGAAACAAUCGCUAGAGAUAUCACAGAUCCCAUGGAGUUGAUGUUGAUGGAGCAGCAACUGCUGCGUUCGCCGCUGAGACUUUACGCUAGUGGUGCAAGUGCUAGUGAUGAAGAGGCAGAAAAGCGUGCGGCUUGGGCGCGGACUCCACCGGCGUUGCAACUGUUGGCUCUGGGCGGGCGAGCGUGGCCUGCUGCGUGGCCCCAGCCUCUGGCAUUGCCACCAGACCUUUGGAUGCAGAAGCCCCCCACACCGCUUCGCUACUGCCCGUAUCCCCCACCUGCGCACCCUUCUGCUCCAGCCUCGCGGCCCGAACACUCACCCUCGCCCCGACAUCCACUGUGAACCAUUCCUAUAAACUAAACAAAAGUGCUGUGAAAAAUAACGAUAAAACAAAACUCUUGAAAGUGAUUUUUUAAUCUAGAAACUCUAUAGAUAUUAUUCAAAUGUAUUAAAUUGUAAGAUCGAAUAGUUGUAUCCUAAUAUAUAAUUUUCAUGGUUCCUACCCGAAAAAUAGAAACGAUAAUAUUUUGAAAUGUAUUUUUUAAAACUAGUUUCAUUAUGAAAACAUAAUAGUAGUUACCUAAGCACCUUAAUAUCUUUAAUACCUUUAGUAUUCUUGUAUGAUGAAAUCGCUAGAAAAGGUUUUGCAAAUAAAUUAAUAAUAGAAACAUAAUCAAAUUAAAAAAAAAAGACUAACCAAAGAUGUCCACAUAGAUUCUACAUUCCACAAAGGGGAGAGUCGCAAAAAGAUUUCUAAAAAGUUUCGAAAUAUAUCACCUUUUAACUCAGAAAAGAUGUAAAUUGUUAUUUUGCCGUGAUAAAAUUCCGAAAUCACUU